AUGUCAAUCUUCAUGCUCCUCUUGGCCUUUUCUGUUGAUGCUCUGGUGGUGGCAAAGCCAGCUAGACCACCUCCAAAGUUGAUAGCAUUUGGCAAUUGCCUGAAAAUGAAGCUUCAGGUUGGGUUGAGUUUGGGCAAGUCGCGUCGGAUUGUUGAUGAAGAUGGUGGGUUGGAUCGUUAUCCAUCAAAG